AUUGUAGUCUGUUCCCUUUAUAUAUCCAAUGUAAAAAUUGUAGUAUGUUCCCUUUAUAUAUCCAAUGUAAAAAUCGUAGUAUGUUCCCUUUAUAUAUCCAAUGUAAAAAUUGUAGUAUGUUCCCUUUAUAUAUCCAAUGUAAAUAUUGUAGUAUGUUCCCUUUAUAUAUCCAAUGUAAAUAUUGUAGUAUGUUCCCUUUAUAUAUCCAAUGUAAAAAUUGUAGUCUGUUCCCUUCAUAUAUCCAAUGUAAAAAUUGUAGUCUGUUCCCUUUAUAUAUCCAAUGUAAAAAUUGUAGUAUGUUCCCUUUAUAUAUCCAAUGUAAAUAUUGUAGUAUGUUCCCUUUAUAUAUCCAAUGUAAAUAUUGUAGUAUGUUCCCUUUAUAUAUCCAAUGUAAAAAUUGUAGUAUGUUCCCUUUAUAUAUCCAAUGUAAAUAUUGUAGUAUGUUCCCUUUAUAUAUCCAAUGUAAAAAUUGUAGUAUGUUCCCUUUAUAUAUCCAAUGUAAAAAUUGUAGUAUGUUCCCUUUAUAUAUCCAAUGUAAAAAUUGUAGUA